UCGUUCAUUCUGCAGCUUCCCCAGUCGUCUUCCCAGGUAAUGGGGUGGAUGGAGGCAGGUUUGCAGCCAAUCCAACAGCGCUUGGAUACAAAAUCCGUGCUCUUUGCUCACUCUCUCACAGCAGGGAAGAAGGAUCCGAUUAUCAAGGCAGUAGUAGAUGCCACUCUAGCGGAUCUGACAGACCCUUGGACUAAAAGAGUGCAAGCCAUCCUAGAAGAGGCUGGAAUAGAUAAUCUAGUCAACAUAUCGAAGAGAAUGCUUAAGAGACGGAUGAGAGAGCACCAUGUUUCACAGCUCAGACAGGCGAAAUCGGACCAUUCAUCGUUGCGAUGGCUGACUGAGCCAAAAGAAUGGUUCAAACUGCAGGUUCACAUAAAUGACUCAAAGCAGUGCGCAGUUCUGAACCAGGUAAGAGCAGGUGAUGCAGGUCUGGGAAAUCGACGUCCCAAUCACCUGGGCCUUACGUACAAGGAAUGUCCAUGGUGCUCAGCAAUUGGUAUCAGAGUACUGCUGAAUGAGCUGCAUGUCAUUCUUGAUUGUCCAGGUUCAGGACAUGCAAGGCGGGCAACAGGAAUUGAUGUUUUUCUGAAGGUCCGGCUUCCUUUGAUGACAGAACAUGCUAUCAUGAUAGAAUUCCUGGGGGGGGAUGGUGCGAACGUUGAAACAAUGAUGCUAAGAGGAGAUUGGACCUUGACAGUCCUUGAAGAGUGGAGGUUAGCAAUCGCACAGCUUUGACCAGGUAAAAUCGGGUGUAGCUAGUGAUAGGCUGUUGCAGGGUACGCAUCGUGACUUUGAUCACGCCUUUCCUCCAGGUUGUACUCCUCCUCGUAGUAGGUGGCCGGGUUGGUUCAGGAUUUUUCUUACCGGAAGGGGUCGGAUAAUCCUGUAGGCGGUCUGGGUUGCCCAAGAUGGGGCUUCUUUCAGAUCUCAUCUCACAUAAUCACAUAAUCACAUAAACUUAUUAAUAUUCAGGGAAUUAUAUUUUCUACAAACUGAAAAUAGCUUGGGUUUUUUUUUGAAUAAGUUAAAUAGAAGGUA